AUGGUUUUGGGUCUUGAUAAACGCUACGUUUGGGGUGUACUUCCCUUGCUUGGCUUCGCCAUUGGUCACUUCCUGGAUCAGAAGGAAACCGAGCGUAUGACCAGAUUCAGAGACAAAAGUGCUUUGUAUGGUCGUCCCGAGGGUCGGGCACAGCCAUCCUGGUAAAACAGCUCUGUGAUGGAUUAGAGUUUAAAUUGUAAAUUUAUACGAAAUAAUCGAAAAAAGGUUUAAAAUAAAAAUAAUGCGAUCUGUCGCUUAGAAA